UCUGCCAAAUCACAUUUGAAAAUCAACAAAAGGACCACCGACUGCAGACCAAAGUAAAACCAAACCAAGAAGAAGAAUCUUUUCUUCUUGUUUGGGUUUCAAGAAUUCACUUUUUUCCUUGUGCAAGUUUCAUAUCAAAGGAAACCACAAGAGACCUUACCUUGCUUCCUUGGCUUGAAUUGCAUAUUGGCCACGGGGAAGAAAACCCAUUUCAAAUUCACUAUGUUUCUCCUGUAGCUUUUGCUCCGAAAAUGGUCCAAAGAAAGGUACCCAACAAGCUUGGAAUCCAAGCUGAUCAUGUUAAGUCUGACAAGUUGUUGGCAAACCUGAAACCAUCUCCUCCUAAAUACCAGGAUGGCAAAAACAGAGGAGUUGAUUUGAAGAAAAAGAUGAAGAAAACAAGGUCAAUCAAACUCUCAGAUAUUGAGAGUUUGAGAUCAUCGCCCAGGAGAAGGCACUUAUCGCAGACCAGAAAGCCGCCGCCUAUUGGCUUUCCAGCCACCGCAGCAAUCCCACAGAAGCAGCAACCUCUGAUCAAGGCAUCUGAGGGGUCACCAAAUUAUAUGAAGUCCACCAGCUGUUUUGAUGCAAGGAAGGAGCAGUCUCAGGUGAGUCUUAGAAAUACUCAAACUGGUUUUAAAAGCAAGAAUACGAGUAGAAGAAGCUCUUGCAAUACAAAACUUGGCUCUGCUUCUGGUAAUAAACCAGCAAGAGCUUUAACAAGGACCUCUAGUUUGAAGCUGGUGAGGACUUUGACAAAGACCCCUAGUUUCAAGCCGGCAAGAGCUUCGGCUAGAAAGUCUUCCAGAGUUGCUCUUUGUGCAGAUAUGAAUGCACAGAGGGCAACCUGUUCUUCGACACUAAAGGACUCGAAGUUCCCAGCAUAUCUUAUGCUUAGUCCUGGGGCAACUGAAUCUGAACGAACUUCAGUAAUGAAGGUUUGCACCUACACAUAUUGUUCUCUGAACGGUCAUCGUCACUCUCCUUUGCCGCCAUUGAAGUGUUUCUUGUCAGCAAGGAGACGUUUGUUGAAGACCCAUAAGAGUAUAAAAAUAGAAGCUUUAAGCCCACGAGGAGCAAAGCCGUCUAGCGUAGAAGCGGAAGGAAUCGUUACUCCAAAGUUGAUCUUUGAGGGCACGCCUGCACACAAAGAAGCUGAUUUUGGAAAUUUGGACUGGCCUCCUUUGUUACAAGAUGUGGGCAGAGAUUUUUUCAUUGAAAUCUAUGCCAAAAGUAACGACAACAGCACUAAAGCAAUGGGAGAAGGGACACAUGGAGAUAAAGUGGAAAUACUUGAUGUCGCUAGAAAUGUCGAGGGUCAGAUUGUUACCAUGUCUUCGGUUGAUUGGGGUGAUGAAGCAGUGGGAGAAUACAGGGAUAAACAAGUUGAAGGGACCCUAUCUGAAGGGUCAGCACAAUCUGAGGAUGAUUUUGAGGAAAAUCUCGAGCAGUGCGGUAGUAUGACUGCUGCAGAAAUCAACGCCACGGAGAGCUUUCCUAGAGAACAAUUAGAAGAUGGAGAUGAAUACUUUCUACCUCGCUUUUCUCAAGGAAAAACAACCACGGAAACCUUCUACACUGGCAGUGACUUUGAAGGGGAAUGGGAUGGUUCUGAAGUUACUGAUAUGGAGUGGGAGGAGGGGCAUUUUACUGAGUCAGAGCAAGAUAGUGAAGCCGAUUAUUCAAGCAUGACCGAUGAUGAAUCUGAUUUUCAUAACGAAUUUGUGAUUAAAUCAGAUGACGUUGUUAGUAGCUGCAAUGAAGUGAUUUUGGCUGAUGUACUGAGAGACGAUGAAGCCAAUUGCACCACCAAAACGACGGAUGGAGCUUUAAAUGAUGAGCAGACCCAUCCAACUCUCCAAGAUGAUGGAGAUGAAACGGAAGAUAGAGAGCAUGCAACCAAAGACUCGAAUUCAAGUGAACAGAUUGAUGAUGAUAGCUUUACCGAUGAGACUCAAAAUAAUCUGUCUGAGGGGCACUCUGAGAGCUCCAAUGUUCUUGAAGACCAAAACCUCGAGAAAGGCCAAAGUAAAUCAAAUAGUUUCAAAAACUCAAGUUCAAAGGAUGAUGGGAGUCAAACCAAUACAAGGAUAAAUAAAUUCAAUUCAGCUGAAGAGAGAGUAGAAGUUGACAAAAUGGAACUGGAAGACAACACUGAAUCAGAUGCAGAAGAUGCAUCGACAAUAGCCAGUGGUAGUACCAGGCCAGAGAUGGAGACAACAUUCUUCCCUGGUGCUAGAGAGUCCACCCAACAACCGCCCAACUUCUGCGACAAUCAGAAACGGACAACUAGAUGCAAGAAGCGUAUCAAGGAUGAGGAGGAAUCGAGGAACUUCAACCCGCGAGAACCAAACUAUCUGCCUUUGGCUCCUGAUCCAGAAGCAGAAAAGGUUGAUCUAAGGCAUCAAAUGAUGGAUGAAAGGAAAAAUGCAGAGGAGUGGAUGCUUGAUUACCACCUUCAACAGGCUGUUACCCAGCUCGCUCCAGCCAGGAAGAGGAAGGUGGCGCUACUCGUUCAAGCUUUUGAAACAGUCAUGCCGACAUCCAAAUACGAACCCCAAUUGAGGAAUACAACAGCUUUUGUUCAUGCAAGGCCAAUGCAAGCAUGUAGCUGAAAGCACUUGCUGAUGCGAUAAUGAAGAGAAAGCAGUUUAAAAAGUAUUAACAUGUCGCCGUGAGUAGAUUGCGUGUUCUGUAGAUGUUAAAAGGUAUUUACGGAGAAAGCAUUCUGAUCCAAUGACGAACUGAUGUUCAAAUGGAGAUUGAGGUGUAGACAGUGGAGUGGCUUCUCUUGAGCUGUGUGGCUGAAAUUUUAGUUUCCGCUUCAAUAAUGGUGUGUAGUGACAUUAUUACUUAAGGUUUUUGAUUUAUUUGCGUGUAAUUGUAGGGUAAUCCGGAAUAUGUACACGUGGUACUUCCAUCUCAUCAUCAUAUAAUAUGCCAUGUCAUUAAAGAUCACUGCUUAUGUAAGAAAUUUUAAUGGCAUGACAGUUUGUGCUCCCACUAAUUUUCCUUUCUUUGUAAUGCACAAACUGAACCUUUGCACGUCCAGUUGGUUAUGAACUCUAGUUGCUUUCUCUAA